UUGUUUCUUUUCCCAGCGUGUACGAGUGUAAAUAGAUGGAUAUAGUUGCUCGCGAUUGAUCUAAGUGAGAGAGAUUUGAAAAUUUUUAAUGGGCAUAAGGAAUUGGUUUAAACGAAGUUGGUUCAGCGCGUGGGAUCAAAGUUGUGAACUAUUUUUAAGAAAUAGGUCUCGUGGUUUGUUCUCUGUGUAUAAAUAACGUGUAAGAAAUAUCCUGAGCCAGUCUUCAAAUAUUUAUUGAAACAAAUAAUGUUCGCUAUAAAAUUUUCCAUCGGAAACAAAUCCUAAAUUCAUCGGACAAUUCACACUGGCGGGUUUUUUACUUUAGAUCGACGUAAGUUCAAAGAUAAUUUCUUUAAGAAUAACAUGUUUGUUCUAAUCAUGCGCCCAUGCUGCAAUAGCCAAUCCAUUCGAUUUUGAAACUCAUGAGCUGCAACGUGUGACGGUAUAGGUAUUGUAAAACUCAUUAGCUGUAACGUAUGAGGUAUUGUAAAAAGCAAUACGAAACCAACUGGAAUGUAAUUCUCGAUGAUAUCUCAUCAAAGACAGUUCGAAGAAAUUGUCUCCGUUAUUUUACAAUGAAUUGGUUGGGUUACCCAACGCUGCUGACGUUGUUGGUCAUUACGUCAUCAGUGAAAGGAUCCAAGAGCGACAUCGCUGACACCAGCUUCACUGAAGACGCCAAAACGACGGACGGCAGAUCGGAGGGAGAGAAUAGUUCAGACUUGGCAAGCAAUGUCAUGAUCAUCGCGAAUUACCCGGCACCCAAACCAUCAGCAAAAACACUUCAUGAAAAGCGACGAAGCGGCGACGGCGCUCGGGAAAAAAGCGAGUUCCAAAACUCGCUACCAAAAACUUGUGGAGUAACUGAUGACAAGCUGCUUCAAGCCAACGUGUUCCCUCAAGUUCAUUCCGGGGCUUCACGGAGCCGUAGGAAGCGUCGUCAAGCGCCGAGGCAGAACGCCCCAACAGAAGCCCCCGAAACUCUGUGGAUUUCAGGAGGCGACGUGCGCGGGACGCGUCGUUACGUUGAAGUACAUCUCGUGGCCGAUGCUCGACUUUCUCGCAGGAUGAACCAUGACGACAGAAAACUUCAAAAAUUCACUGCUGAAAUCAUCAGCUACACAAAUGCUCUGUUCGAGCCCCUCGAGAUUAGCGUUGUGCUAAAAAAACUGGAAGUUUGGAACAACGGAGACAAGACGAGCAUCACGGAGAGGCACGAUGAGACGCUCGAAAAUUUCAAACGCCACAGAAUCGGUCAGCUGAUGGAAGACAAGGACUUUGAUGUCACUCUUUUGCUAACAGACAUUGAUUUUGAAAGCACCACCAUCGGGUAUGCGAUCGUUGGCAGCAUGUGCUCCGGUACGGCCGUCGCUGUCGUACAGACGCGUGGCUCCGACGAGUUGGCUGUGUCGCACACGGUUGCCCACGAGCUCGGCCACGUGCUAGGUAUGUUCCACGACGAAGCAUCCUGCACGUGCAACGACACGUCGUGUGUCAUGGCCGAGGAACUCAAGGGGUUAUUGAAACCCACCAUGGAGUGGAGCAGCUGCAGCAAGAUGCAGUUGGCCCGACACUUUGUUCACGGCGAGUUCUCGUGUCUGCAAGACAUCCCGCGGGCGUCCAGGGGCCGCCAGUACGAACACUGCGGCGACGGGGUCGUUGAUUCCGGCGAACAGUGCGACUGCGGACCGGCAGGCACUUGCCGAAAUCCUUGCUGCGAUCCCCUCACUUGCAAGUUCCGAGAAAACGCAACGUGUGCUUCCGGAGACUGUUGCGAUCUUACGACCUGCCGUCAAGCGACCGCGUCGACUCCGUGUCGACAAGCUCGAGGCGAGUGCGACUUGCCGGAGUUUUGCUCGGGCUGGUCAGAAGUUUGUCCGCAUGACGUGUAUGUCCACGAUGGAGCUCCCUGUGACGAUGGACAGGGCCACUGCGUAGCAGGCAAGUGUGGCAGUCACCGCGUGAGGUGCGAGACACUCUUCGGUCCCGCCACCGUCCCCGCUCCGGACCGAUGUUUCGCUAACAACGUUCUGGGGCGUGAGGGACAAAACUGCGGCUUAAUUCGUUCGUCUUUGACGUACCGAAAAUGUAAUCCAGAUUCGCUGAAGUGUGGUUCUAUCUACUGCACCCCUCCAACCGACCUGAUCGUACCGCGCGCCGGCAUCAUGCUCUGGUCAAACAGUGCCCAGUGCUUCACUGCGUACGCACAGAACGUAUCGUCCGUGCCCGGGUUGGAGCUCGCGCCGGACGGAUCAAAGUGCGGUGACGGCAAGAUGUGCUUGAAGCAACGCUGUGUGUCGGUGCCACCUCCUCCUGAGGGCUGCAUGCUCGAUGGCUGCGGGGUCAAUGGCGUGUGCAACAGCAAAGGGCGGUGUCACUGCAGCCUGGGUUUCGCUCCCCCGCAUUGCGACGUGCCGGGCUUCGGUGGCUCUCGUGACAGCGGACACAUGGCUGACCCCACAGUAACUUCGAAUACCGACCGCUCCCUCUAUUUGAUCUUCUUGGUAAUUAUACCGCUGAUGUGCGGAAUCUGCGCUUCGUUCUGCUGCCUCAGCGUCUCUUGGGAGAACUACAAGAAGCAGGAGCAUUAUCAGCCAUCCAUCUGUAAUAACAAAAUUGGAGCCUAUUUGUGUUGUUUUUCUGCACAAGUGACAAAACUUCUGAUCGAAAGUGGCAUUAUGGCAAAGCCUGGUUUACCGACCGAAAACAUCGAUGGUGAUCCGUCCGAAAUAGAAAAGCUGAACCCCUCGCCGUCACAACGUCGAAACACCAUUUUCCAAGUUGACGUCAACGUUCAAACCUCGAAGCUCGCCAAUAGCUCAUGGGGCACAGCAAACGACGCUUUAUUUACAGACGUAAUAACAGUGACCCCAAAAAAUUCGCCGGACUUGCACCGCAAAGUUCGUUUACCAUCAGAUUCUCCUUUGCUCCAUCACAGAUCUCAGGAUAUCGAGCAGCGUCCGAAGUACGGCAAAUCAUUUUCGUCAGAUUCUGGCUGCGUGUCUGAUUUGGAAGAACAUCGUGGAAAACCUGACAUGAAUAUGUCAAUGUCAAGUCUAGUAAAUAUAGUCAUGAAGUACGGAAGAGGUGACAGAUCACGCGGAAGUAGUGCAGAACCUGAAAUUCCAAAUCCUAAGCAGUUCGUGACGCAGAAGUCAGUGCCUCUCAGUCGUUUAGUACUGGAUCCGUAUGGACCGAAAUCAAACGUGAAAACAGCUGGAAACUCUUCUCUGGAAGUUCAGCGGCCUGGAUUUAAUAGAUCACUUUCAUCAGAUGCUGCAACAUCUCAGUCAGUAACUGCAGACUUGCCAAAAAGUGGUUAUUUAACUCCAAAGAAAUCAACUAGCUCAAUUAAUACCAAUUCGAGUUCAGACAGUGAAUCAUUCUACGUAAACAUACCAUCUGAAAUUAAAAAAGGAGGUAAUAUUGGGCGUUGUUCACCUCCUGAAGAUCUGAAGGUGAAGAAUCAGCACACUGUAUUCAAAGCGUCGAGAAAAGCUCCCCAAAUUCCCAAAAUCAAAAUAGAGGAUUCUGAUGCGAAAAUUACCAAACAUAAAAAAGGAUCAAUUAAACCAAAUUGCGCUGACUCUAAUCCGUCGGAACAAACCGAGUUGAAAUCAGCAGCAAAAAAGCCAAUGUUACCCCCUCAAUCUAAAACUAGUAACAAUAAUCGUCCUCUACCCACAACAACGAACAUUCCCGGGGUUACCCCAGGAAUGGCGAUGGACAAAAUAUCAGGAGGUUCAAAAGUAUCACUUGAUCAGCCUAAAGCUCGACCUCCUAUCAAGGAUACUGGAUCUAGAAGCUUUCGUGAACAACCUUCACAAGGAUCAGAAAAUUCGAACGAGUUUCUGAUUAAAUUCAAUCAAGUUAAGAACAAAGAAAGUAACACGAGUUCUGCUACACCUAGUGUAGCCGAACAAACGUUUUCACAGAGCGCGCCGAGAAGGCCGAUGUUGCCUCCGACAAAACGUUCGUAAUUCUCAAGAACUUUAAUGCUCUAAAAAACGUUUGUGUGCGCUGUGAAUAAAUUAUUAAUGGUCAAGUGAUAUUAUGUACUAAUAUGUUCACAAACCUUAUGAUGGACGAUAUCCAGAAGAAGAUUCUCGGAAGCUUCAGCCAGUAAAAGACUCACCUUAAAAUUCGACAUGUUAGAGAAAACGGGCAGGGUUAUUAAUUGCAGUGUCUGCGUGAGCCUAGUAGUAAUCAAUUUACAUUAUUAACCGUUUGAAUGUGAAAGCAAACCGUAAAUAAAAAUUAUUUAUUCAUUUGAAAUAUUGACAAUUCAUGCAACUUCCAAUAAAUUUAUAUUCAAGGUUUAUUUAAUGUAGUAAAAUUCAUCAUCAGUGUCAACACAAUGGCCGACGAUCUGGCAUAACACAUAUGACGACGAUUAUUUGAGAGAUUUGACACACGUCGAAUCAACAAGAACCAACUAGUGGGUGGUCACUGGUCAAGUCAAUAUAUUUAACAAAACUGCCAAAAUUUGGUUAAUUUUAAAAUGACGCGUUGCACUAUUCCGCUGUAAAUAGCAUAACUGGCUUGAAAUAUCUUAACGGGAUCUCAAGCAUUGAUUCUCUGAAUGUUACUCAUGUAACGCCUCCGCAACUUCCAUUCAAUCCCUGCUUUUAUUAAUACAGUGGAAUUCACAGAAGCUCUGUAAUUAACGUUAUAGAUACGCUAAAAUUGUAACUUUUUAGGAAUAAGUUUCUAAA